AAAGAGUUUGCAGCCGCAGACCCCUCCCCCCAGUCUCUCUCUGACGUCUCUCCCUCCCUCACGCAAUAUCUCCCUUCCGCCAGCCGCCAGCCGCCAGCCUGCCGAGCGUCCGGCCGGCUCUCGCCCAGUCGCCCGUCGCUGGCGGGUCGCGUCGCCGCUUCUCUCUCUUCUGGGUUUUUCCGCUCUCUCUCUCUCUCACCGUGUGUUUUAGAUCCGUGCGGCUGCCGGUCUCGUCCACCGUCGUCCAUUGAUCACUGCCGCAGGUUCGCCGUCGCUUCACGUCGCCGAUUAUUGGGUUCAAUUUAUUUAAGUUUUCUUGCUACCCAUAGUUUGUUGGGUUUAAUUUUAGAUUUACCCACACUUUGUCGGUCUUAAAUUCAAGGAUUUUGAGAGUUCGGAGUGUUUCGGUGAGUUUUCCAGCAAGGUUGGGAUCGACAUUGAUUUGAAAUUUGGAAAUGUUAGCGUGCUGUCCAGCGGAUUCGAAGUGAUUUCGACAAGUGUUGGUAACUCUUUAAGGUUUCCGUGGCCUCUUGGAUUGUGUAUUGAGGCUGUAAUUUGGGUUCUAUCCCCUAAAUUUUGUGUUUAGUUUUUGGGACGUGCUGAUUUUUUGAAGUAGUUCUGGAGCAAGUCACAAAUUGGGUUUUGAUUCAAAGGUUGUGAAACUAGACAAGGGAGGUUUAUUGCUUGCAUAAAAUUAUCUGAGCUUAAAUUCGAGAGCUUGAAUGAUUUAGGAACGGCUUCCACCCUUCUAGAUCCUAAAAUGACACCAAAGACAAGUAGAGGUCCUAGAACUCAGAAGUCCAGAAUUUCUUCAAGUGAGGGCCCAAAUUGGGUUCUAAUUGCUGGUGGUGCAUUAUUGAGCACCCUAUCAAUUCGCCUAGGUUACAAGCUAAAACAAGCAUUUGACACUAGGCAGCUGAAGGAUAGUGGCAGUUCUUUGCCAGGAAAUGUGAAGACUUCUGACAGAAGAAAGACUGCUGGAUGCCGUUGCUCGAAUGUAUAUUCAUUUACACGAGAUGAUGAAUGUUGCUUCAACUGUAUGCCAGGGACUCAACGUACGACAGAUUUGAAGUGCCCACCUACCGAUCAAACGGUGGUUGCAUCUGAGAGCGCUCUUCCUUUGGUCAUGGUUCCUACUUCUGAGUUUAAUAAGGAGAACGGUAUUAUUUGGGCAUCAUCUCCUGACCGGCUCGAGUUGCCUGCAAAGCAAUUUCACCAUUCGAAUUGCUCAGACUCACCUUGUGUCUCAGAUUCUGGUUCCGAUAUCUUCAGCAAGCGUGAAGUGAUUCAUAAGUUGAGGCACCAAUUGAAAAGGAGAGAUGAUAUGAUACUCGAAAUGCAAGAUCAAAUUGUUCACCUGCAAAAUUCUCUUAAUACUCAAGUGGCCCAUUCCUCUCAUUUACAGUCACAACUUGAUGCAGCAAACCAAGACUUGUUUGAUUCAGAGAGGGAGAUUCAGAGGCUCAGAAAAGCAAUUGCAGAUCACUGUUUGGGGCAGGUGGGGCCCAACGACAAGUCACCUUCGACUGUAAGAAGUUGGUCGAGUGAGACGAGAAACGGUCAUGCAAAUGGUUAUAUGGAUGUUAAUUGCAAUUUUGAGGUACCUGAGAAAGGAAGAGAUGGGGAGAGAAUUGAGAUGUUGAAAAAAGAGGUAGGGGACUUAAAGGAUGUGAUAGAAGGAAAAGAAUAUUUAUUGCAAAGUUAUAGGGAGCAGAAGACAGAACUUUCUUUGAAGAUUAAGGAAUUGCAGCAGAGAUUAGAUUCUCAACUACCCAAUAUUUUGUAGAAUCAUUUCAGAUUUUGUAUAUUCUUUGCUUGUCCCAAUUUCAAAUUAUGAUCUCAGUUUUUAUUGAGCACCAUCUUCUCUCACCUCCUAUUUCAGUUAGUUAGUAUAGGUUAGAUGUUUGAUGCAUUGUGUUUCAAUGGAGUGCAAAUUUAAGCAAUGAGUGAUAUAUUUGGGGUUGAAAGGACAGAAAGGUGUCUGCCAUGCCUAUAUCUCACUAGAUGUAGUUGGCCACCUCCUCUUGCAGAAAUGUAUGUUUAAUUGAUUUAUCUCAUUUUGAAAAGUUCUCCCAUCCCAAGUUAGUUCCAAGAGUUGGAGGUUUGGUUUUUAAUGAAGAAUUUUGGAUCUA